AUGUCCUCUUAUGUAAUGGAUGAAGGCGCUCCCUUCGUUUCCCUUGCGACUCUUCUGUCCGAAUUCAGGGCCUACCAAAUGAAUUGGCGCUCCUCAAGCUUCUCAACCCAGCUUCGCUCUCUCCUGCUAUCCCGUCUCGAGGGCUGGGACAUCGACCAAGCGAUUGUUUUUGGCCUCGGCUGCGGUCGUCCGAUUAAGAUGCUCGCAAGUGACCCAGCGUUCGAAGAUCUCGACGAAUUCUAUCUUGCGCGGCGAAAUAUCGCAGUUGUUGAUAAGGCAGAGGAGCAUGUUACCUCCACCACAUUCGUGUUCAGCCCUUUUGCGCCAUGGCUAGUAGCCCUCGACGCCCUUCGCCGCUCGCCAGAGCUGUAUCUAGGUACCAGCUGGACUCAUGUUUUGGAACAGAGGCCUCCGCGAUCACGCCGGCGCAGGAAGAGACGACACCGGCCUGAAUUCAUGAAUGAGGAGCAGCGUGCUAAUUGUAAGACGUACUUAGAGAGCCGUAUAGAGAAUAGCUUCCCCGGCCUCGAAAUCUACAGACGCACUUGGAUACCUAACUCGCGCUUCAAAGAGCUAUCGGAGACGAAUUCCGAGUUCGCAGAUCUGACUGGAGACGGACUUAUCGGGUCUUUCCAGUUUCUUUGGCCCAAGCCCAUGCCUUUGCGGGAGGGACCUAAGGAGGAACCUAAGGAGGAACCGAAGGAGAAAGAGGAACCUAAUUCCCAAGCCUAG